AUGGCAUUAGUUUCUUUGGCUGUCAUAUUACCCUACUGUCAUACAUUGAGUUUAGAGUCCAUUAAAACCUCCACAUCCUUUUCAGGUUGCCCCUUCUUAGGUACUUCAGUGACCCUCCAUUCCUGGAAGAAUUAUCAUAUUGGUGUGGGACUUGGUGCAGAUGCCCAGUUGGCUAAAGCCUGCUUACUCAAGGUUUGCUAUCUAGAACCCUUCUGGAAUAUAAGAUUUCGGAGGACAAUAUUUGGCACUGCCUUGAUUUCUGCUCUGAUUUCUCAGAUACAAGUGGAAAGCUGGACAUACCAUUACAGUGAUCAGAAAGCAUAUUCAUGGAAUGCUUCUCGAAAAUUUUGUAAGGCUUUUUAUACAGACUUAGUGGCCAUUCAGAACCAAAAUGAAAUUGCAUACCUCAAUAAUUAUUUGCCCUACUACCCUCAUUAUUACUGGAUUGGGAUCCGGAAAAUAAAUAAUAUUUGGACCUGGGUGGGGACCAACCGGACCCUCACCAAAGAGGCUGAGAACUGGGCAGAAAAUGAACCCAACAACAAGAGGAAUGACCAGGACUGUGUGGAGAUCUACAUCAAGAGUCCUUCUUCUCCUGGGAAGUGGAACGAUGAGCCGUGCAUGAAAAGAAAAAGGGCAUUGUGCUACAAGGCCUCCUGUAAACCUUUAUCCUGCAACCAACAUGGAGAGUGUAUUGAAACUAUUGGGAACUACACCUGCUCCUGCUUCCCAGGAUUUUAUGGACAGGAAUGUGAAUACGUUAUACAAUGUAAAGAACUUGACUACUUCCCUAGCAAUAUGCUCAUGACCUGCAACCAUCCUCUGGGAAAGUUCUCCUACCAAUCCAAAUGUAAUUUCUACUGCAUGGAAGGAUAUAGACUGAAUGGGGCUGACCUACUGCAGUGUUCAUCUUCUGGGGAAUGGUCAGAUGAGGUCCCAGAGUGCUCAGUCAUUGGGUGCCCAGCCCUGAAGAGUCCUGAACGGGGGAAGAUGAUCUGCCCUUAUUCUUCAAUGGAAAACUAUCGCCAGUCCAGAUGUAGUUUCAGUUGUGAAGAGGGAUUUACACUAAAAGGGGUAGAAGUGAUUUGGUGUACAGUAUUUGGAGUCUGGACAGCCCCAGUGCCACGUUGUGAAGCUGUCCAGUGCCCCAACCUGAAUGCCCCUGAUGGAGGUGUGAUGAACUGCAUACACUCACAUGCUCCCUUUGCAUAUGAGUCCACCUGCGAAUUCUCUUGUCAACCCACUUAUAGGAUGAGUGGUCUAGAGACACUCCAGUGCUUGGCAUCUGGCCAGUGGACAUCACCAGCGCCAACCUGUCAUGCCAUCACGUGUGAUCCUCUGGAGGCUCCUGCCCACGGAAGCUUUAAUUGCUCCUCGUCUCCGACACAAUUUCAGCUCAACUCCCAAUGUUCAUUCCAGUGUGACAAGGGGUUCGUGCUAAAGGGAGCAAAGAUCGCCGAGUGUGACCUGUCUGGAGUCUGGACAGAGUCAGUCCCAGUUUGCCAAGCUAAACAAUGCCAAGAUUUGAAGCCUCCCAUCAGAGGACAUUUGAGCUGCUCUCACCCUUUUGGAGACUUCACGUACCAAUCAUCCUGUACCUUAACAUGUGAUGAAGGAUUUGUCCCAAGUGAGUUAGAAGAGCUGCAUUGUUUGGAUACUGGAGAGUGGACCUCUCUACCACCACUAUGUGAAGCUAUUACAUGCAAACCUUUACUGGCACCACAACAAGGAACAAUGACCUGUGACCAUCCUUUUGAAAAUUACAGCUAUGAAUCAACUUGCCAUUUUAGCUGUAAUGAAGGAUUUUCUUUAGUGGGACCAGAUAAAGUGAAAUGUGCUACUUCUGGACACUGGACAGCUCAUACACCAACAUGUCAAGCAAUCAAAUGUCCACCAUUAGUUGCCCCACAUCAGGGGGCAUUCCAUUGCUCGGGGGAAAAUGGAAAUAUGAGUUAUAAUUCUACUUGUGACUUUUCCUGCAAAAGGGGUCUUAUGAUAAUAGGACCCCAUCUACUCAAAUGUACAGCUUCAGGAUCCUGGACCUCACUCGCUCCAUCUUGUAAAGCCAUCAGGUGCCCAGUAUUAGAUGACCCAAGGUGGGGGAACAUGGAGUGUUCCUACAUCCAGAGAGAUUCCAGGGAUAGCACUAUCUGCCAUUUUACCUGUGAUGAAGGCUUUGUACUGAAAGGACCUGACAGUGUGCAAUGCUUACCUUCUGGUAAUUGGACAGCGCCUCCUCCAACUUGUGAAGUUGUCAAAUGCCCAGAACUGAUUCUUCCUAAAUCAAUGCUGAUGAAUUGCUCUCACCCUUGGGGGAACUUCAGUUACGAGUCCACAUGCAUCUUCUAUUGCCCCACAGAUCAAAUGUUAAAUGGCUCCCCAGAAAUAAAGUGCCAAGCAGAAGGCGAUUGGUCAAAAAAGAUGCCAAGCUGCCAAGGGAACCCCUUGUCCAUCCAGGAAGCACUGACUUACUUUGGAGGAGCAGUUGCAUCUGUAACAAGUCUUGUGAUAGGUGGUUCAAUCCUGGUUAUUCUAAGGAAACGAUUCAGACAAAAAGAUGAUGGAAAAAGACCCCUGAAUCCUCAAAGCCUUAUGGGAACACCUGGAGUUUUCACCAAUGUGGCUUUUGACUCAAUUCAUUAAGCCGUAGCCAGGACCGGAAGUUUCCAAAGAAGCUGUGAAGAAUUUUUCCCCCCACUCCAGGCAUUACCAUUUGAAAUAUCAGUGCUGUCCAAUAGGAUUGGGAACUGGGAACGGUUGGAAAAAUCAGACCUCAGUAGCCACCAUAUGUUGGAGUGAGAAAAAAUGAAAGAGUUAAGGAAUCAUCUUUAGAAGGAAAGAGGAAGUUCCAGCCUUGGAGACACAGCUUGCACACAUAACACUCUUCUGUCUCCACUGGAUCCUACUUAGGAGAGCCUUCUCUGAUAUCUGAUGUUGAGACCUCUAGGUGGUGCCAGAUGAUGAAAGAAGAUAAAGAAUCGACAAAAUCCAUAAAGUUGGCCAAUUCUUCACUAACAUUUCCAUCUCCUUUUCUCCGUGCCUGACCCACCAAGGAUCAAAAUUCAAAUACCACAUUAAAAAGAAAAAAGAUUCUACAAAUCCUA